AUGGAGAGCCCGGAGCUGUCUUUUACUCUGGCCUACUUUGUGUUUGCUCUCUGCUUUAUAUUUACGCCCAACGAGUUCCGCGCGGCCGGCCUGACCAUCCAGAAUGUGUUCGCGUCCUGGCUGGGGAGUGAGGACGUUGGCUUCAUUCAGUACCACCUCAAGAGGACCAGCAUUACCGUACUGGUCCAUUCUGCGCUGCCUUUAGGUUACUACCUGGGAAUGUGCAUCGCUGCCCCAGAGAAGAAUCUGGCCUACAUUCACCAGGUGAGCGAGGGCUGGUGGGCCUUCCUCCUCCUGUCCGUGGGCCUCCAGCUGGGCAGCUGGACGCUGGUGGUUUACUGGUCCUGCUGGCGCUGGCACCAGCACCCCAUCAGCAGGACCCUGCAGGCCCACGCGCGGCCCCCCCACCCCCACUGGGGCAGCGUGGCCUCCAGCGUCAACACCGAGUUCAGGCGGAUAGACAAGUUCGCCACGGGGGUCCCCGGAGCCAGAGUCAUCGUCACCGACAGCUGGGUGAUGAAGGUGACCACGUACCACGUCUACCUGGCCUUGCAGAGCGACUGCCAUUUGACGGUGACCGAGUCCAGGCAGCACGAACUGAGUCCCGACUCGGCCUCGCCCAUAGAGAUCUUGACCCUGAGAGUGGAAAGCAUCAAUCCUGCCGUCAGUGCCUUCAGUAUCAGGUGUGUGUGUGUGUGCAUGACAGCACCUCCAAACACUACAGCCCACAAGCCCAACCGACAGACCCAAAAAGCCCCAAAAGCCCCCGCCGGCACCAAGCUGGUCAGACUCUGCCAGGCCGCAGGGUCGGAUCAGGAGUCGGAGUGCCAGCAGUGCUUCUGCAGACCCAUGUGGUGUCUGAUGUGUCUGGGCCGGUGGUUCGCCAGCCGCCAAGACCAGCAGAGGCCCGAGACCUGGCUGUCCAGCAGGGUGCCCUGCCCCACCUGCAGGGCCAAGUUCUGCAUUUUGGACGUCUGCGUGGUCCGGUGA